CAGUCGGGUCGACGGGUUAUAGCGGUGUGAGACUUCACCUUCAGCCAUCUUAACCAUGUUGGGGUCGGUGGGACGGUGCUGCAGCGGAGUCCUGCGGGCUUUUAAGCCACGGAUCAGCUCUUUAAAGGCGAUCAGUGGCAAACAUGCGGCUAUUUAUUCAAGCCGAGCUUAUGUUGCCCCAGCCGCUCAGGCAGCACUGGCCAACGGCCGCAUAGUGGCUGUGAUUGGUGCCGUGGUGGAUGUCCAGUUCGAUGAAGGCCUCCCUCCCAUUCUCAAUGCGCUGGAGGUGGCGGGCCGCGAGAGCCGGCUGGUGCUCGAAGUGGCCCAGCAUCUUGGUGAAAACACAGUCAGGACAAUUGCCAUGGAUGGCACAGAGGGUCUGGUCCGUGGUCAGAAGGUUCUCGACACCGGAGCCCCCAUCAGGAUCCCUGUGGGCCCCGAGACCUUGGGCCGGAUCAUGAAUGUGAUUGGGGAACCUAUUGAUGAACGUGGUCCAAUUACUACCAAACAGACUGCUCCUAUUCACGCUGAAGCCCCUGAGUUCACUGAUAUGAGUGUGGAGCAGGAGAUCCUGGUUACUGGCAUCAAAGUGGUAGAUCUGCUGGCACCCUAUGCCAAGGGCGGAAAGAUCGGGCUCUUCGGCGGUGCCGGUGUGGGCAAGACGGUGUUAAUCAUGGAGUUGAUCAACAAUGUAGCCAAGGCGCACGGUGGUUACUCUGUGUUUGCCGGAGUGGGGGAGCGAACCCGUGAGGGAAAUGACCUGUACCAUGAAAUGAUCGAGUCUGGCGUAAUUAAUCUGAAGGACACAACCUCGAAGGUGGCGCUGGUGUACGGCCAGAUGAACGAGCCCCCAGGCGCCCGUGCCAGAGUAGCUCUCACUGGACUGACCGUUGCUGAAUACUUCCGAGAUCAGGAGGGACAGGACGUGCUCCUCUUCAUUGACAACAUCUUCAGAUUUACCCAGGCUGGAUCUGAGGUGUCUGCCCUGUUGGGUCGUAUCCCCUCUGCUGUGGGUUACCAGCCAACCCUGGCCACUGAUAUGGGCACCAUGCAGGAGAGGAUCACCACCACUAAGAAGGGCUCCAUCACUUCAGUUCAAGCCAUCUAUGUGCCUGCUGAUGAUUUAACUGACCCUGCUCCUGCCACCACCUUCGCCCACUUGGACGCGACAACUGUGCUGUCUCGUGCCAUCGCUGAACUCGGGAUCUACCCCGCUGUGGACCCUCUGGAUUCCACCUCCCGUAUCAUGGAUCCCAACAUUGUAGGAGCUGAGCACUAUGAUGUCGCCCGUGGCGUCCAGAAAAUUCUCCAGGACUACAAAUCAUUGCAGGACAUCAUCGCUAUCCUGGGUAUGGAUGAACUGUCCGAGGAAGACAAGCUGACGGUAGCGCGUGCUCGUAAGAUCCAGCGUUUCCUGUCUCAGCCCUUCCAGGUAGCAGAAGUCUUUACUGGCCACUUGGGCAAACUGGUGCCUCUCAAAGAAACAAUCAAGGGCUUCAAGAGCAUUUUAGGAGGUGAAUAUGACGCCCUGCCAGAGCAAGCUUUCUACAUGGUGGGUCCGAUUGAAGAAGUUGUCCAGAAGGCAGAGAAACUCGCAGAGGAGCAUUCCUAAAGUCAUUUAAGCAGAGGAAGCAAAACAUUUGUACAGUAUAAUUUCUAUUCAAAGAAAUGGUGUUAUGUUGAGUAUGUUGUGGUGUUGCUGUAAAGGUGACAAUGAAAAAAAACUACUUUGUUAUAUAAAAUGUUCUGA